GUACUUUGGAAGCUUGCUUGUAAUAUUCUGUGUUGAACUGGCCUGUGGUGUUUGGACCUAUGAGCAGGAAAUAACGGUUCCGGUCCAGUGGUCUGAUAUGAUCACACUGAAAGCCAGGAUGACCAAUUAUGGCCUUCCUCGGUACCAGUGGCUGACCCAUGCUUGGAAUUUCUUUCAGAGGGAGUUUAAAUGUUGUGGGGUGGUGUACUUCACAGACUGGCUGGAAAUGACAGAGAUGGACUGGCCGCCUGACUCCUGUUGUGUCAGAGAAUUCCCAGGAUGCUCUAAGCAGGCACAUCAUGAGGAUCUCAGUGACCUUUAUCAGGAGGGAUGUGGUAAAAAAAUGUACACUUUUUUGAGGGGAACAAAGCAAUUGCAAGUGCUGAGAUUUCUAGGAAUCUCUAUCGGAGUAACACAGAUCCUGGCUAUGAUCCUCACUAUUACUUUGCUGUGGGCUCUGUACUAUGACAGAAAGGAUCCUGGAACGCAUCAGAUGAUGGCCCUGAAGAGUGAUACGUCGCAGCAGCUAUCAUGUAAUUCUGUGGAGCUACUGAAACCAAGCCUGACAAGGAUCUUUGAACAUACAUCCAUGGCAAACAGCUUUAAUACACACUUUGAAAUGGAAGAGCUAUAGGUGAUGCAAU